UUGACCCUGUAUUAACGGUUCUGACCGCUUGUGCGUCCGUCGAGGGGGCUUUUCGUGACUGUCUCGCCACAGGAAAAGAAAGAGAGAGAAAUAUAUAAAGAUAAAAUAAUAUCUCGGCAGCCCGCGUCCCUCAGGCCCGUCAACAUGAGCGGCGGCAUGCCGUACAUCGGCAGCAAGAUCAGCCUGAAGGCUCAGAUCUGCUACGAAGGCAUCUUGUACACAAUCGACACGGACAACUCGACCGUGGCCCUGGCCAAGGUGCGAUCAUUUGGUACAGAAGAUCGGCCCACUGACAGACCAAUUGCCCCACGAGAUGAAAUCUAUGAAUACAUCAUCUUUCGUGGUAGUGACAAAGCUUUUACUGUGUGUGACCCUCCAAAACCUCAACCUCAGGAUCCUGCCAUUGUACAUUCUUCCCUGAGCACUUCGACAAAUGCUUCAUUUCAACCCCCUGCAUCAUACAGUUCUAUGUUUCUAUGA